GACUGCCGGGAAACUUCGGUCUACAUCUGCCUAUAUUUACUUUUCGGGUCGUACGGGUCUUUUCUCAUCUCCUCGUCGCGCGCUAUGGUUCUCCGUUCUCCCCUCGCGAUUGCUGCUCUUCCCCUUUCCCUCUCUGUCACAUCGGUCGCGUCUGUGUUCAUCCCUCUCUUACGCUGGCAGCACACCCGUAGUCGACACUCGGAGUUCGUAUUGGAUUUCUGUUUUAGUUAAAGUGAUGACAAAAUAAUCACUUGUGGAUUCAUAUUGGAGAAAGAGGAAGCACACCUCCAGACCCGUUGAGGUUGUCAGAGAGUGCCUUCAAAUUGGUGAGAAAAAUGGAAGCUCGAGCAAAGAAGGCAUAUUCUAGUAAACUGAGUGUACUGAGGCAAGAAAAGCGCAUAGAUUCUCCUCUUGUGAGGUAUAAUGAACUAGAUCAACCGGUAUGCAAAGUCUGUAAUGUUCCUGUGAAAUCUGAAUCUGCUUGGCCUGCACACCAAAUAUCUCGUAAACAUCAAGAAGCCGUUAACAGUCUAAAAGCUCGUGCUACUCGUGCCCCUAGUUCUGCUUCUGCUAGUGUUCCUGGUUCUACUGCUGCUAGCAAAUUAAAGAUCGAUGCACCUGUUGAUGAGCAUGUUUCAAAAGCCCGACCAUCUUCCUCACUUCCUGCAGAUUUCUUCGAUAAGGAGGAGGCCAAGCGUCCAAACACUGGCAGUAAGGGUGGCACUGUUACUUCACAAUCAUCAGUCAAGCCUGUGGACGUCCAAUUACUUGAGGGAGACGGGGAAAGGCCAUCUUUGCUUUCAAAUAAAUCAACUCAAGCAUCAUUAUCCAAAGAUGAUGCGGGAGAUAAGGCAACUCUUGGCAGAUUAGACACAAAUGAGGGCAAAGUAAGUGUGCCAGAUCAGCAGCUUGGAAUGCUACCAAAGACUGCUCGUAGUUCAGAAGCCAAGCAAGCUAAAGGAGCCCUUCCGGAAGGAUUCUUUGAUAACAAAGAUGCUGAUCUACGCGCUCGUGGUAUUGAACCUGUUAAAGUUGAUAUCAAGGAGGAAUACAAAGAAUUUCAGAAGGUGAUUCAGGAGGACCUGCAGGAAUUUGAUGAUCGUUUGGAGGAAGAAGAGUUUGAUGCAGCAGAGUGGAGAGAAGCAACGGACUAUCUUGAGCAGAAGACUUACAUGGAAAGAGUGGAGAUGUUGAAAAAGAAUUUGGAGGAACGUCGAGCUGCCAAGUUCAACAGUCAGCGCAAGCGUCCUGCAUUUAUGGCUGGAGAGUCAAGUGAAGAAUCUUCAAGUGAGGGAGAAGAUGAAGAAGAAACUGUUGAUUGGAGAGCAAAGCAUCUGUAGCAAGUAUCGAGCCGUUUCAUUUUGUCUUGUCCUGUAGCAUCUUGUGCCUCUGUUCUUGAAUUAGAGGGCAUUUCUUAGUAUUUUUUCCCUUCAAUUUUCCCUCUCGUUCUUCAAGAACCUCCAGAAUGCUUUCUCAGAGGCUGAGGUCUCAAAAUUUUUUCAUGUACUAGAUAAGACACGAUGUAUAUUAAACUGAUGCAGUCCAUCCAUCCUAAAAUCUAAAUUCAAUGUAUUGUUUACA